AACCCGGAUGUUUCCCCAUGUCAACACUUCCUGUUGUGUUUUCAGCUUUUCAAACCAGGAAGAUGGAUUUGCUGUCGAACAAAUGGAUCAUUAACUUGAUAUUUUGUUUGUUUUUCACAGGUAUCAGCUGUAAUUCAGUGGAAAACAAGAUUUAUGUGCAUCUUAAUUACAGUAUCCCGUGUGUGCGACUGCUAAACGCAACACAUCAAAUAGGCUGUCAGUCGUCUUUAUCAGGUGAUGUUGGCGUGCUCCAUGUGCUCGAAUCAGAAGCAAACCUGGACUGGGUCCUGCAAAAUGGUCCCAACCCUCCUUAUAUGGUUAUUCUGGAUUCUACGCUCUUUACAAGAUCUGUCAUGAUGAAACUUAAGACUGGCUCCAGUAGGGUUGCUGGUGUUGUUGUUGUGGCGCCAAGCUCAAAUCCAGCUGAGGGUUUCUCUCCACACACCACCUGCCCCAACGAGAACUCAGGUGUGUAUUCAGAGAGCUAUGACCCAGCCUUGGCCCACUGUAACGUGACCAAGUGGAACCCUCUGGGAAAUGGCUUGUCCUACGAGGAGUAUGACUUCCCGAUGUUCUCCCUGAAAGACGACAACGACACUCAGGCCAUAAAACAGUGCUACUACGAUCAUAACCAUGUUGUGAAUGGCAGUAGUCCUCGGUACCCACUGUGCGCGAUGCAGCUCUACUCACACAUGUCUGCCGUCACCGACACUGCCACCUGCAUGAGGAGAAAUGGCAUCAACUUCAGCUUAAACCCAGAGACAGUAUGUGACCCACUUGGAGACUUUAAUGUUUUGGCCUCGACCAGGCCUCUGAACUACACAGAUAAGGGCCACAAGACGGGGGAGAGCGUGGUCAUCGCAGCAGCGAGGCUGGACAGCCGGUCUUUUUUCUUUGACAUUGCUCCAGGCGCAGAGAGUGCAGCCUCGGGGUUUGUCACCUUGCUGGCAGCGGCACACGCUCUGCGCAACGCCACCCAGGACGCCCAACCCAACCGCACCAUCCUCUACGCAUUCUUCCAGGGGGAAACCUUUGACUACAUCGGCAGCUCGAGGUUGGUGUACGACAUGGACAAUAAACAGUUUCCUUUGGACCUGGACAAUGUUCACUCAGUGGUGGAGAUUGGACAGGUGGGACUCCAUGGAGAAUCAAAGCUCUGGGUUCACACUGAUCCCGUGUCUCGGAGGAACAGCAGUGUGAAUGAAGAGGUGGAAAAGCUCAUCAGAAACUUGAACUCGUCUGCCUUAAAUCUCAGCUUGUCAUUGCAAGAGCCCAGUUUCUCUCAGCCACUGCCUCCGUCAUCCUUCCAGCGUUUCCUGCGAGCUCGGCCAAUCCCUGGUGUCGUUAUCCAGAAUCAUAACUCUUCUUUCACCAACAGGUACUAUGAAAGUAUGUAUGAUAAUGCAGAGUACCUGAACAUGUCUUACCCACCAAACCUGACGCCAGAGGAGCAGCUGGAAUACGUAACAGAUGCUGCAAAGGCUCUGACUGAAGUGGCGACCAUUGUGGCUCGAGCUCUGUACACACAGGCAGGAGGAUCGGACCCCAUCCAGCUGAAGAACAUUAACGCAGAUAGUCAGAUGGUGACCCAAAUGCUGUACGGUUUCCUUGUUAAGUCAAAUAACUCCUGGUUCCAGCAAAUGGUACCUUCAGACUUCGCGAUUCAUCUGCGUGACAGACCCACAAACUUCUACGUGGGGGUGACACAGCAGCACAGUGAACCGACUCUGCUGGUCCAAUACCUGCUGGCCAACCUGACUGGCACCACCGUCAACAUCACCCAGGACAACUGCCAGAACCAGAGAGAGGACGAGGAUGACAAAGAGAGCAAACAUAUAUACAGCUACAUGUGGGUUCAAGGUGCAGCACCUCCCAACAGUACAGAACGAGUGGCGUUCUGCGUUCGCUCCACAGUUCGUCUCUCCAAAGCGCUGUCCCCGGCCUUCGACCUGGAGGAGUACACCUCCAAAGAUUACUCAACGUGGACAGAGUCCAGGUGGAAGAGCAUUAAAGGGCGCAUAUUCCUGGUGGCCAGUCAUGAACUGGAGAUGUUGACGCUCGGAGUCGGUGUCGCUGUGCUGAUAGCAUCCUUAAUGUUGACGUACAUCAUCAGCUCAAAGGCCGACAUACUCUUCAGCUCAGGGAGGGAGCCCACCGCCGCCACCUACUGAUUCACUCAGAAGUGUCUCAGACCCACGACCACUACUUCUACUACUAUUGCUACUACUACUACUUUUAUCCCAACCAGACAUGGACAGUUUUCUUUAAAACACACCACGAGUAGGUACACAGACAGGUUAGUCUCAGCUGCAUCGAGGUGGGGGAAGGG